CCCUCCCCCUAACGGCGGCGCAAAGAGGCUCAGCAGCUUCUCCGCCGCCUUUAUAUAGCAACUGGAUCCCUCCGCGUUAACUCAACUACCUAUAUCCCUCCGCAAAAAUUGACUGCGAGGUAGUUCCUUACGGCUUGGUUGCUUCAGCUUAGGGUGAGCAGCCGCUGGAACGCCAGAGCCGCGGAGAAGAUCGCGGUGAUAAACGUGAAGUUAGCGACAGAGCCCAGGCAGCUUUUCAGCCGAACAAAGGCACUGCCACAGCGCCUGUAAUGCCCCUCCCCCCACCCCGCAGGCGGAAAUAGCCGGAGUUAGACGAAGACAGUAGCGGAAGGAGACGGAAAUUGCCGAUAGUGGGGUGUCUGACGGUGGCCGAGAAGGCGCUGGGAGAGCGGCGGAAAUUGCCGAGUUCCAUCUUCCGCAGAGACCCUGACGGAAGUCCCCGAAGAGGUCGGUUCCGAAGAUUACCGAACUCGCACGUCAGGUAGUGGUACUUGUCACUGCGGCUGCCCACUCCGAAGACUGCCGAAAGAGGCUCUGGGGAGCGGUGGGAAGGGUCGAGGCCGCCGCCAUAGAGGCUGAGGCGGAGGGCAGCUGGUGCAGCGGUGUGGAAGGCCGAGGCGCCGCCGCUGCCUUCCCCGCGCCAGAACCAUGUUUCGACUACCUGCUGUCCGCAGGACCUUAGCUGGAGUCUCCCAGUCAUCCAGAGUGUGUGGGCGUACAACUGCAACAGCAGCCAGCAACCAAAUAGAAGUGUUUGUAGAUGGCCAACCUGUAUUGGUGAACCCGGGAACCACAGUUCUUCAGGCAUGUGAAAAGGCUGGAGUUCAGAUACCUCGCUUUUGUUACCAUGAUCGUCUCUCUGUCGCUGGAAACUGUAGGAUGUGUCUUGUGGAAAUAGAGAAGGCUCCAAAGCCAGUUGCUGCUUGUGCCAUGCCAGUUAUGAAGGGCUGGAACAUACUGACAAACUCUGAGAAGUCCAGGAAAGCAAGAGAGGGUGUAAUGGAGUUCCUGCUGGCAAAUCACCCAUUGGACUGUCCUAUCUGUGAUCAGGGUGGAGAAUGUGAUCUACAGGAUCAAUCGAUGAUGUUUGGCAGUGAUAGGAGUAGAUUUAGAGAGGGAAAACGUGCUGUGGAGGACAAGAAUAUUGGUCCUUUAGUCAAAACAAUCAUGACUCGGUGUAUACAGUGCACUCGAUGUAUCAGGUUUGCUAGCGAGGUUGCAGGGGUAGAUGACUUGGGCACAACUGGAAGAGGAAAUGAUAUGCAAGUUGGUACUUAUGUUGAAAAAAUGUUCAUGUCUGAGUUAUCAGGAAAUAUUAUUGACAUUUGCCCAGUUGGUGCUCUUACCUCUAAGCCAUAUGCCUUUACUGCACGCCCAUGGGAGACAAGGAAGGUAGAGUCAAUUGAUGUUCUUGAUGCAAUUGGAAGUAACAUUGUUGUGAGCACGAGAACUGGAGAAGUGAUGAGAAUUUUGCCAAGGCUGCAUGAAGAUAUCAACGAGGAAUGGAUAUCUGACAAAACAAGGUUUGCUUAUGAUGGUCUGAAGCGUCAGAGGCUUACUCAGCCAAUGAUAAAGAAUGAGAAAGGAAUCUUUGUUUAUGCCUCAUGGGAGGAUGUGUUGACUCGCGUUGCUGGUGUGCUACAGGCUGUGGAAGGUAAGGAAGUAGCAGCAAUUGUAGGAGGACUGGUGGAUGCAGAAGCACUCGUAGCUCUGAAAGACAUACUGAAUAGAGUAAACUCUGAUACACUGUGCACUGAAGAGGUCUUCCCUACUGCUGGAGCUGGCACAGACUUACGCUCUAACUACCUGCUUAAUACCAAGAUAGCUGGAGUGGAGGAGGCAGACGUCGUUCUUCUGGUUGGCACCAAUCCGCGCUUUGAGGCACCGCUUUUUAAUGCUAGACUUCGGAAGAGCUGGCUCCACAAUGACUUGCAAGUGGCCCUUGUUGGCUCGCCUGUGAAUUUGACUUACAGAUAUGAUCAUCUAGGAGAGUCCCCACAGAUACUCCAGGACAUUGCUUCUGGAAAACAUGCAUUCUGCAAGGUCCUUGACCAGGCCAAAAAGCCAGUGGUGGUGGUAGGCAGUGCAGCGCUGCAGCGCAGUGACGGGGCAGCCAUCCAUGCUGCUGUUUCCACCAUUGCCCAAAACGCCAGGACCAAAAGCGGUGUUGGCUCUGACUGGAAGGUCAUGAACAUCCUCCACAGGGUUGCAAGCCAGGUGGCAGCUUUGGAUCUGGGUUUCAAACCGGGAGUGGAAGCAAUUAGGAAAAAUCCUCCCAAAGUAUUGUAUCUCCUGGGAGCAGACUCGGGUUGUAUAACACGUCAGGAUUUGCCAAAAGAUUGUUUUAUCAUCUAUCAAGGACACCACGGGGAUGUGGGAGCUCCCAUGGCUGAUGUUAUUCUCCCAGGAGCAGCGUAUACAGAGAAAGCAGCCACAUACGUCAAUACCGAGGGUCGAGCCCAGCAGACCAGAGUAGCAGUAACACCACCUGGAAUGGCAAGGGAAGACUGGAGAAUCAUUAGGGCUGUCUCUGAGUUGGCUGGCAUGACCUUGCCUUACGAGAACCUUGAUCAAAUACGGAAGCGUUUAGAAGAAGUAUCUCCUAAUCUGGUUCGAUACGAUGAUGUGGAAGAGGCCAACUACUUCAGCCAGGCAAAUGAACUGUCAAAGUUAGUGAAGCAACAGCUUCUCACUGAUCCUCUUGUUCCACCUCAGCUCACAAUAAAAGACUUUUAUAUGACAGAUUCUAUCAGUAGAGCAUCCCAGACAAUGGCCAAAUGUGUGAAAGCUGUUGUUGAAGGUGCUCAUGCAGUAGAAGAGCCAUCCAUCUGCUAGACUGCUAUUACCUUCAUCCAAGUAUUUGUUGCAGUUAAUUGCAACAAAUCUAUUUGCUAGGUUGCUGUAUUUUUCUUCUAAUUCACAUUUUCAUCAGUUCAAAUAGUCCCCUAAUAUUCUAGGACUGUUGUUGUGCCUAAGAGAACAUGCAGCACUCAACCUACUGUACCCAGAAGCAGAGCACAUGAGGAUUGUAUACAAAUAAAUUAUAAUACCAAACAGUC